AUGUCGAUCGAACGGAGCAAAUUGGUCACCUGGUUUGAUGGCAACUCCAAGGCUGAAACGGUCCCCGAACAAAGGCCCCGAGUACACGAAGACCCUGGAGAAACGAGCCGGAUAUCACUUGGGUCACGACUCACGGGGAACCCUCGGGCUUCUAUAUUGGACGAUGUGCAGGAUUUGUCGGCUGCGUAUUCUUCCUUGAAGACCGUACCUCUCUUCACGAAACCCGACCCGAGAGAAUCGGUUAUCAAGGAUUCAAGCAUAUCCCUCAGAGGAAUGUCCUGUAAUUGGAAGAAUCGAGGUGCCUGGUUGGCUCGGGUACUUUCAACUCUCAUUCUGCGGGAGACUGUGAUGGUCUGGUGUUCGGCCUCGACGUUUGGGUCGCAUUUUCAUUCCUCGCAUAAGCCACAAAAGAGGCAAACCAUGGAGGAAAGCAACCCACAAAGUGCGCCCAUGGGCCAUGGCAACGGGUGCCGUGUCCCCCAGCACUGGCUUGGGAGUCUCCCUGACUGA